UUCUUCUGUGUAUUAUGUAUAUAAAGGGCAAAGUCUGAAAAUUGUUGAUCACAUGGCAGAAGAGGGACAUCGCCAAAUUGCCUUAUUACAGAAGACGGCCAGAUACUAACUGUUGUACAGCCACAGCUGGCUGUAUAAACUGUCCAUUGGGUUACCAAGAGACAAUGAGUUACGCACAACUGCAAGGGCCGGAUUUCAUCAGAACCGUUAUUCCGCACCUCAGAAACGGAAUUGAGAAUUUCAGAGCCCUUGCAGACAUUCUCCUCGAGUAUGAUGAAUCAAAAAACCAAGCCAUCCAGCAAGUUAUUCGUAACGGAAAAGUAAGCCUGGAUCAGGCAGACGCAGCUGCAUCUGCUGAACUGUCCAAGGUGAAUGAAUACACUGAGAGACUGACUUCCCAGAAAGGACAGCUGAGCUAUCAGCAGACGAAUAAACGGAAAGAUCUGGAAAACCUGAAGAGUGAAAGCCAAUACAUAGCUGACUGUUUGGAGAGUAACAGGGGGGCUUUAGAUACUGCUCAGUGGUCCCUGAAUUCUGCUCGGGACACUCUUGAUGAACUUGAAAGCAAACAGAGAGAGAGUGAAAUCGUGCGGGAUGUUGGAAUAGGAAUUAUGUUCAUUCCCAUCAUUGGCACCAUUGCUGGUGCCAUCAUGGUUGCGGUGUCGCAGGAAGAGCUGGAGCAAGCCCAAUGGGCAGCCUCCGUAGCGUGGCAGGAAGUAGAAAACUGCGAAAGGGCCGUCUCUAAUUACUCCAGUAGGUUGGAGGAAAUGAAGAGGCGUAGGAAAGAGAAGAAGGAGGAGAUGGAGGAGUGUUGCAGGGCCAUAAAGCAGAUCGAGCGUAGCCUGGCGCAGGUUUCCGAGCAGCGCAACGGCAUGCUUCGAGUUCAGGAGAAGAUCAGGAUCGCCGUCAACGCGCUGGGCACCCUGGCUGGAAGAGCGGCGGUGGCUAAGACCCUCACCAAACGAGUCGUCUGCCUGUCGCCCAUCGUGAACGUACUGGGGGAGAUCGUUAAACUCACGAUUCAGCUGUACGAAAACAGGAAAUGUGAGAUCUUCCGCGAUCCACAGGUCAGAGCUGCCAUCCAAAGCCUGCAGGACAUCUAUAAGAAGGUGUCAGCCAUUGAUGGCCAGAACACAUUGGAAGAACUUCAGUUUUAUUGACGGGGAUUUAAACUCAUGAUCCAUUCCAACAGGGUACAGCAUACAUAUAUAUCAGAAAAAAACCUGUAUAGUAUGCAUAUGUAGUAGAAGAAUUUUGCCAACAUAUAUACAUUAUUGUACCUAAUUUAACUUUUUUGUUUCACACGCAGUGCAUAUACCUAUUUUUAUGUGAUGAGAAAUUAUUGUUAUCAGUAUGUGAUCCGGAUCUGGGCCAUGUUACUCUAAUCAAAGGAGAGUGCACAUUAAUGCAAUUUCUGCAUUUGUUCCUUCAUGUUCUCUUAUGCUUAAGUUUAAAAAUUUCUUUUUGCAAUUUGAUUAGUUUGUCAUACAUAAUGGCAUGCGAGUCAUAAGUCAUUUUGGCUAGGGAUGCUUGAUCGGAAUAAUUCGGAAAGAAUUAAUCAUAAAGCGCCAAUAAAUGUUUUGCAUAAUUGAUUAAAAUUGCUUCAGCAUUUUAUGGUUUUCUCUUACGUGAUAUUUUAAUUUAAAAAAAAACAUUUCUCGAAAUAAAGUGCUACUUUAAAAUAA